AUGAAAUUCAAGCAAUCUCGUUGGCAUGAACUAUUUUUUGAAAAAGUGGAUGGGGGAAGGGGGGGAGAGAUUUUUGAAAAUGUGUCAGUCUCACAAAAAUCCUGUCCCGACAAACGAAAACGAAAAACAAGGAAUAAUAUGCCACUCCCUGGUUCUUGGUUGGAUAGUGAGUGUGCAGAUGCAGAAGCGUAUGCCAAUGCUACCAGGAUCUUGUAUAGUGGGUGCCCUCUGUGUCUAGAAGAAGAUACCUGCAACCUUUGCUUUGAGUUCAAGCUCAACAAGUUGAGGGCUCCAGGUGAUAGGUGGGCCACCAGAAACCUAAAAGACCACGCUCCAAUUUCACCUCCGGAAACGCUGUCAGCGAGUCGAAUCCUCUUUAUGGAGAAGAUGGGCCAUGUUUUGAUAGUGGAUCGGGUGCUAAUAGUAAGAAGAAGAGAAGCAAGAAGACCAGUGACAAGAAAGGAACCUGUCAAGGGAAGAAGACUGGUGAGAAGAGGACUGCAGUAG